CUCCCAAUCCCACCCUUAUACUAUCAGCUCGCCCAGCUCCCAAAUCUUCCAUUAUAAUCCAAGAUUCCCUCCUCACUCUAUUUCUACUACUGCUAGUACUCCCCCCACAAGCAGCCCCCCUCCAUGAUAGUGCUCCCUCUGAGCUAAGGCUCUCCCACCAACCACCCACUCUCCCCCCCCCACUGCCCGCCGGCGAUGGCCGCAAUGCCGCCGCCGGCCGUGGGCUUGGCCGUCCUGGUGCUCUUCGCCGCCGUCCUGCCGGCCAUCCUCGCGGAUGACCUCAACUCCGACGCGCAGGCCCUGCAGGCGCUGCGCUCGGCGGUGGGGCGCUCUGCUCUGCCGUCGUGGAACAGCACCACGCCCACGUGCCAGUGGCAGGGCGUGACGUGCGAGAACGGCCGCGUCGUCGAGCUCCGCCUCCCCGGCGCCGGGCUCAUGGGCAGCCUCCCGUCGGGCGCGCUCGGCAACCUCUCCGCGCUUCGCACGCUCUCCCUCCGCUACAACGCGCUCACGGGGCCCGUUCCCGACGACCUCUCCAGCCUGUCCGAGCUCCGGGCGAUCUACCUCCAGCACAACGGCUUCUCCGGCGAGGUCCCGGCGUCGCUGUUCGGGCUCAAGAACCUCGUGAGGCUGGACAUCGCGGACAACAAGUUCACCGGCGAGAUCUCGCCGGACUUCAACAAGCUGAUCCGGCUCGGGACGCUGUACCUCGACGGGAACAGCUUCACCGGCGAGAUCCCCAAGCUGGACCUGCCCGCAUUGGAGCAGUUCAACGUGUCGUACAACCAGCUCAACGGGUCCAUCCCCACCAAGCUCCGGAAGAUGCCGAAAGACGCCUUCCUCGGCAACACCGGCCUCUGCGGGGGCCCGCUCGGCCUCUGCCCCGGCGAGACCGCGCCCACGCCGGCCGGAUCACCGGAGGCCCAGCCAGGUGCCGGCGGUGCCGCCGACAUCGGUGGCGGCAAGAAGAAGAAGCUCUCCGGCGGCGCCAUCGCCGGCAUUGCCAUCGGGUGCGUGUUCGGCGUGCUCCUCUUGCUCGCCCUGCUUUUCUUCCUCUGCCGAAAGAGGUCCAGCGCUGCCCGGCCUGCGGCGGCAGUGGAGAAGGGUCGCGACAUCGGCAUGGAGCCGCUGGAUGUCGAGCCCAAGGGACAGAACGGCUCAGCAGCCGGCGCAGGCGGCCACAACGGUGCUGCGGCGGCAGUGGCAGUGCCAGCCGCCGCCGCCGCCGCCGGUGCCGCGGCGGCGGCCAAGGCCGGCGGCGGGUCGACCGGGUCCAAGAAGCUCAUCUUCUUCGGCCCCAUGGCGGCGGCCCCGCCUUUCGACCUGGAGGACCUGCUCCGCGCGUCGGCGGAGGUGCUGGGCAAGGGCGCGUUCGGGACGGCGUACAAGGCGGUGAUGGAGAACGGGUCGGCCGUGGCGGUGAAGCGGCUCAAGGACGUGGACCUCCCGGAGCCGGAGUUCCGGGAGCGCAUCGCGGCCAUCGGCGCGGUGCAGCACGAGCUGGUGGUGCCCCUCCGCGCCUACUACUUCAGCAAGGACGAGAAGCUCCUCGUCUACGACUACAUGUCCAUGGGCAGCCUCUCCGCCCUGCUGCACGGGAACCGGGCCUCCGGGCGGACGCCGCUGGACUGGGAGACGCGGUCGGCGAUCGCGCUCGCGGCGGCGCGCGGCGUGGCGCACAUCCACUCCACGGGACCCACGGCGUCGCACGGCAACAUCAAGUCCUCCAACGUCCUGCUCACCAAGAACUACGAGGCGCGGGUGUCGGACCACGGCCUGCCCACGCUCGUCGGGCCUUCCUUCUCGCCGACGAGGGUCUCCGGCUACCGCGCGCCGGAGGUCACCGACAUCCGCCGGGUGUCCCAGAAGGCCGACGUGUACAGCUUCGGCGUGCUCCUGCUGGAGCUGCUCACGGGGAAGGCGCCCACGCACGCCGUCGUCAACGAGGAGGGCCUCGACCUGCCGCGGUGGGUGCAGUCCGUCGUGCGGGAGGAGUGGACGGCCGAGGUGUUCGACCAGGAGCUCCUCAGGUACCAGAACGUCGAGGAGGAGAUGGUGCAGCUCCUACAGCUCGCCAUCGACUGCUCCGCGCAGCACCCCGACAGGAGGCCGACCAUGGCCGAGGUCGCCACGCGGAUCGACGAGAUCCGGCGCUCCAGCCUCGGCGACCGGCAGGCGGGCGACAGCGCCGGCGACGGCGAGGGCGACGAGCCGUCACUAUAACCGGCGUAGCAGCUGCUCCUGAUCGACCAUACUUGUCAGUCUCAGUGAAUGGAAAGUUGGAAAUUGCUUAGUUCUUUGCAUGGAUAUUGCUCCCCCCAGGCUACUUUUAAUUCACCAGCAACUUGUGCAUGUUUUUUUCUUCUUUUUCUUCUUUCUUCUUCUUCUUCACCUUUUUUUUUUUGGCCUUUCUCUCACGGGCUUUGAUUCUAUUCUAUAGCACAUGUCACUGUACUCUUUGAUUCUUGAAAAGCAACAUUUGAUGAUGCCUUGGCUGUAUCUAAGACGAACACCGUUGCCAGCUGUACUGUAUUGUCUGCAAUUCAAAAAUGAAUACGCGCGAAAUGAUUCAUGUUA